GCUCUCUGGUAUUUCAGUCUCCAUGGUUUAGACUCCUAGCGGAUAUUUCCGCAACGGCAGAUAUGACACCAGAGAAUUAGCCUCCACACUCUCUCUGGCAUUCUCAGUUUUUACUUUCGAUUUCUCAUUUCACGUCACCGCUUUUUCUACAUUUCUGCAUGUAAUUUUGAAAGUUGAAGAUAGAAGAAGUUCCUUGCUUGGGUGUCGCUCUAAUUUGAAAGACAGCAUAUAUUUCCUAUUAGAUUUGGAGAUUUUUGGUGAAGAUAUGUGAAAUGGGAUGUUUGUAUUCCAUUUCCACAUGCAUGUUUCUUGUAGCUCUAAGAAUAUAGAAAAGAUGAAGUAGCCGAAGAUUGUGCAGUGAUUAUAAUGUGGUUUAGGCAUUUGAUCAAACACUUGGGGUGCAUUUUCAAGUAGGGAUUUUUCCUUGUGAAACUGUUACAGCUCAACAAGAGAAGGGAAUGGAAGCAGAUUGAAUUCAGGAGAUUCCGGAAAGGAUUGGGAAGCUAGAUACUUCACAUAGAAAGUGGAUACCCUCUGCUUCCUCAGUUCAAACUUUGACAAUUUGAUGAAGAUAAAGCUCUUGCUUAGAGGAUCUCCCAUUGUCAAUUAUGACCAGCCAACCCCAAAAAACCAUCCGAUUCUAGGUAUGAAUUUCAAUUUCAAAUAUAUUGCCCAGGGAAAGUUGCUGGGUAAAGGACUCUGGUUUUAUGUUCUAGGUCUCCAUUUUAGAGUGCUGAUAUCUAACAUUAAAGCAAUUAAGGUAGGGUUUUGUGUUUUCUUUUCAGUUUGUGGUCAUUAGUUCAUUAACGACCAUGUCAUAGCUUUGCUGAAGUAGUUGACUCGUCUUUUUUUGUCACUGAAGGUGUUAAAUAAGAUUAGGAAUGUAGCUGUUGUAAAAUAGAACUGUGGAGAAUGGAACUAGGAAGUUUCUAGGUGUUAUUAGUGUAAUUUUGGAAGGUAGGUAAAUAGUGAGUUCGUGACCUUAAUAAGAGUUGAUAAGCACCAAUUAUACCAAGUUGACAUCUUAAAAUGAUUAGAGAUGAGUAUCUUUUCCCUACUCUUUCAUUACUUUGACUCAGCAGCCAAGCAUGAUUAUCAAAGUGUGGAGAUGCUGCUUCCAGAAGUAGAAGACAGACUAAAACCCCUGUUUUUGCCAAGAGUUUUACGGAUAUCAGUUACUGAUGCAGAGGCAACUGAUUCCUCAAGUGAUGAUGAGAAUGGCUGCCCAAGAAAACCACCCAGAAAGAAGUUAGUGAAGGAGAUUAGCAUAUGCCCACCAUGCUCAACUGAGAAGGACAACAUUUCAAACUGCAGUACAGAGGAGAGGAAGAAGUACAAAGGUGUCAGGCAGAGGUCCUCAGGAUCUUGGGUAGCAGAGAUUAGAGACCGUAAAACCCAUACGCGGCUGUGGUUGGGUACCUACACAACUGCUGAGGAAGCAGCAAUGGCUUAUGACCGUGCAAGUGUUAAACUGCAUGGACCCAACGCUCUUAACUUUUAAGUCAGUUGAUUGCAAUGUGCAGCCGUGACUAGAACUAGGAAACUGAAUGCAUGACAUUGUAUGUAUAUAUCACAAUUGUGUGUACAUGGAUUCAACUACCGUGCAAUGCAGCAAUUAGUCUAUCAGCUUAACUUUUAACAAUUGCAGUAGUUGUAAAUUAUCUUUAACAGUAUUAAACUUGUAAAUAUAUGAGAUCCAUGUCUCUAAUCAAUGUUGAUUAAUUAA